UGUCGCCUCGCCUGCAGGAUACGCGACGAGGACGUGAACAAAACAGAACUACGCUGGCCGUUGACCGAGUUGCAUCGCAAAUCGCAUCGCGGUCUCUUAGCCCACAGCAAGCGCCAGAACAAGUGGCAGUUACAGCCAGCGAUAGUGUGUGUGUGUGUGCGACAGAGAGAAAGAAAAUAGAAGAAUCAGCAGCAGACUGUGAAACAGAAACCGAAAUUGAAAUCGGCAAUCGGAGCGGCAGCUGUUGCAUGCGGCCGCCGUGCCAGACUCAGUGACGCCGCCGCUCAGCGUCCAGCGUGCCGCGUGUUGCGUGCUGCGUGUUGCGAGUUUUUGUUGUUUUUGUUUUGUGCUUGCUUCGUACGCGCAUUGAUCCUCGCGAGUGACAGAGACACAUAUACAAAAGCAUAAAAGAGAGUGAGUGAAUAGAGAGACGAGUGAGGCGACAUUGCGGUAUUCAAAUCGCAAUUGGCCUAGGAAUCAACUCGAGGAUGAGGCUGCCGCUGCCGCUGCUGUUGCAGUUGCAACUGGGCGCGCUGCUUGCCGCAUGCUUGGCCAACGCAGCCGCCGGCAUCAAUAUCAAUGCCAACGAUCCGUGCUAUUUUGAGGGGAAGCCGCGCAAGUGCCUGCCCAGCUUUGUGAAUGCCGCCUACGGCAAUCCGGUGCAGGCGUCCAGCGUCUGCGGCGUCCAGCAGCCGGAGCGCUUUUGUGAGCUGCAGCGCGAUGGCAGCGCCGGCGAGUGUCGGCUCUGCGAUAAGUCGGAGCAUGGGAUAAGUCGUUAUGGUGCCGCUGCGUUGACGGAUCUCAACAAUCCGAGCAAUGUGACCUGCUGGCGUUCCGGCAGCGUGAAUGUGCCCCACGAUCCAGACACAGCGCCGCCGGACAAUGUCACCCUAACCCUGUCGCUGGGCAAGAAAUACGAGCUGACCUACAUCUCGCUCUCGUUCUGCCCCAAAUCACCGCGGCCGGACUCGCUGGCCAUCUACAAGAGCUCGGACUUUGGCCAAACCUGGCAGCCCUUCCAGUUCUACAGUUCGCAGUGCCAGAAGUUUUACGGACGUGCCGACCGCGCAAAGAUCAGUAAAUUUAAUGAGCAGGAGGCACGUUGCAUGAACUCGCAGCACGAUGGGGCAACCGGCGGCGCCGCACAGCGUUUCGCCUUCAACACGCUCGAGGGUCGUCCGUCGGCAAAUGAUCUGGACGCGUCGCUGGUGCUGCAGGAUUGGGUGACGGCAACCGAUAUACGUGUGGUAUUCCAUCGUCUGGAGCUGCCGCCGCAGCUGCUGCUCAGUCGAGCCAAGGCCAAGGGCAAUGCGAACAGCUUCAGCGAUGAGAUGACCGCCAGCCAGGAGGAGGAGGAGCUGGAUGGACAUGAGCUGGAUGACCAGGAUGAGUACGAUUACAAUUUGCAGGACAACGACAGCGCCGGCUACGACCAGGAGGAGUACGAGGAGCCCAAAAAGCAUCUCGAGCUCGAUGACGAACUGCAUCUAGACUAUGCCAACGAUGGCGAGAGCAAGCGCCAGUCCAAGCACAAGAGCAGCGCCUACGAGAAGCAUUUCCAAAGCAAGCUCACGGUCAGCACCCCACCCGCACCGCCGCUUCCGCCAGUCACGCCCAAAACAACGCCGCCCAGCAAAUCGGGCACAUCCUCGGACAAUUCCGGAGCGUCCGUCGCCAUGCAGCAACUGCUUUCCGUCUCGCAGCAUUAUGCCGUCUCCGAUUUCGCUGUCGGCGGACGCUGCAAGUGCAAUGGCCACGCCUCCGAGUGCAUUGCAACCAGCCCCGGCCCCGGCUCAGUGCAUGCCGACGCGGACGAUGGCCAGGACGACGAUAUGCCCGCCUCGCUGCACAGCGUCCACUUUGGACGCACCACCUCCGCCCUGCAGCUAAGCGCCAAGCUGGCCAUGACCUGCGCCUGCAAGCAUAACACCGCCGGACCCGAGUGCGAGCGCUGCAAACCCUUCUACUUCGAUCGCCCCUGGGGACGUGCCACCGACAACGAUGCCAAUGAAUGCAAAAUGUGCCAGUGCAAUGGACAUGCCCGUCGCUGCCGAUUUAAUCUAGAGCUGUACAAGCUGUCGGGUCGUGUGUCCGGCGGCGUGUGCUACAAUUGUCAGCACGAUACAACCGGACGGUAUUGCCACUAUUGCCGCGAGGGCUACUAUCGGGACGCCACCAAACCGCCCAAUCAUCGUAAAGUCUGCAAACGCUGCGACUGUCAUCCCGUUGGCUCGACUGGCAAGACCUGCAAUCAUCUGAGUGGCCAGUGUCCCUGUAAGGAGGGCGUCACCGGCUUGACCUGCAAUCGCUGUGCUCGCGGUUAUCAGCAGACGCGCUCCCAUGUGGCGCCCUGCAUAAAAGUGCCCACAAAUGCGAAUAUGAUUCAAGCUGAAAGCGCCGGCGGCGGCGGUGGAGCUGGCGACUACAAGGAUGGCGGAGGCUCCCAGGCUGAGGAAAUGAAAAAGUAUUGCGGCAAGUGUAAGGCCAGUCCCAAGAAGCUCAAUCUCAACAAGUUUUGCAUGGAGGACUACGCUCUUCUGGCCAAGGUAAUUGGCCAUGAUCGCGCCUCUCAGGAUAUAAGCACCGAAAAGUUUUCGAUAGAGCGACAGAACGAGAUAUACAAGUACGAGAUAAAUAUACAGACCAUUUUCAAGCGGAACCCGAUGUCGGGCACGACCAGCUCGCUGCUGGGACGUGGCAACAUGAUGCUGCUGGUGCCGCGCAAGAGCAUCGAGUGUCAGUGCCCCAAGAUCAAGCUGAACAAAUCGUAUCUUAUACUUGGACGCGACUCGGAGGCAGCGCCGGGGUAUCUGGCCAUUGGACCCAGUUCAGUUGUAUUGGAGUGGAAGGAUGAGUGGUCGUUGCGCAUGAAACGCUUCCAGCGGCGCGCCCGCAAAUGCAGUUGAAUCGAACCGGAAACGGAAUAUGUCAGAGCGGAUUUCAAUUUCAUACACUUGGCUAGGUAUCGGUUUUUGUAUAAAUUGUACAGUUUACUCAAGUUUCUGACCUUUUUCGGCAUCAUGCUUUAAUUAAUCCCCCCACACAAACACACAAACCCACAUAUACUAAUACCUAUAUACACAAACCUAAGCGGAGUCUCCCCAUAAAAGAAUAUACUUAACUAUCUAAAAACAAAAAAACAUCCUAAAUUAUCUAGUUAAGCUACUCAGCGGCAUUCUAGUCUACAAUACUCGAACACUGCACAACACUGGGCAAAACCAACAGCAUCAACAACAACAAGCCAAAUGCUAAUUACAAUUUAAAGUGUGAGCCUUCGAGUGUGUGUGUGCGUGUCCGUAACAGUUUUGAGGGUCAUAAAAAAACAGUUAUAAAUUUGAAACAAGUGCGAAAAGAGUUGCAUGUUGCAUGUUGAAUGUUGCGUGGAGCGUGUGUCGCGCAGUGGGGCGCAGCUUUACAUAGAAUGGAAUUUUGGUGCAGGGUAGACAAACAGGCGUAGUCAACAACAACAACAACAACAGCAACAACAACAACAACAGCAACAACAACAACAACAACAACAGGCCAACAAACAGCAGGCUUUCGCUCGGAACAGCAUGCAAUAGGGGUAUUCAAGAUAAAUUUAACCUUAAAUGUUAACUUGUCUGUCGCAUGAAUUAGUUCAAAUGUUAUUUGUUUUGCUUAUGUGCUGACUACCCCUAAUGCCCAGGCAAUCAUUUUUUUAAUUUUUUUGUAUAUGUAAAU